CUUCUCUUCCGGCUUUUCAUCUUCCUCGUCUGUUUGUUGGAGGAGGUAGGCCAAGGAAAUGAGACACAGCUAAUGAGGAAGAGAAGACCAGAAUGCAGCCACUAAGAUUUAUCUUCUUCUUCGUUGCGUUCUUCUCCUGCAUUGCCAAUGCCAGUGAUGCUGGCGCUGCAGACGAUGAGAUCUCUGCUCUGCUCGCGAUCAAGUCCGGCCUCGUCGAUCCACUGAAUGCCCUCCAUGACUGGAAGGCUCCGGCGGACGCCGCAGGUUCCACACACUGCAACUGGACCGGCGUCGCCUGCGACUCCUUGGGCUUCGUCGAGAGGUUGGACCUCUCGCACCUCAACCUCAGCGGCCUGAUCGCCGACGACAUCCGACGUCUCCGCCACCUCGCCAGCCUCAAACUCUGCUGCAAUGCCUUCUCCUCCUCCCUCCCCGGCUCGCUGUCAGGCCUCUCGUCACUCGAGGAGCUCGACGUCAGCGUGAACGCCUUCGUCGGCCGGUUCCCGACCGGCCUAGGUUCGUCCCCUGCAUUGAUGACCGUGAACGCGUCGGCCAACAACUUCGUCGGCCCGCUGCCGGAGGAUCUCUCCAAUGCCACGUCCCUUGAGGUCAUUGAUUUCCGGGGGAGCUUCUUCCAGGGAUCGAUUCCGGCAUCCUACAGGAGCCUGCAGAAGCUCAGGUUCCUUGGCCUCUCGGGCAACAACCUCACCGGAAGAAUCCCGGUGGAGCUCGGCGAGCUCUCCUCGUUGGAGAAGCUCAUAAUUGGGUACAACGAGCUCGAGGGGAGCAUUCCGGCCGAGUUUGGCAACCUGUCGAGCCUCGAGUAUCUUGACUUGGCCGUUGGCGAUCUCGACGGCGCCAUACCGCCGGAACUGGGGCGGCUGCAGCAGCUGACCACUUUGUUCUUGUACAAGAACAACUUGGAAGGCGACAUCCCGAAGGAGAUCGGCAACAUGUCGGCGUUGGUGAUGCUCGACGUGUCCGACAACAGGGUCUCCGGCCCUAUACCGCCGGAAUUGGCCCAUCUGACGAAUCUGCAGCUCCUCAAUCUCAUGUGCAAUAGGCUGCACGGCCCGGUGCCGCCGGGCAUCGGAGACUUACCUCGGUUGGAGGUACUCGAGCUCUGGAACAACUCGCUCACGGGUCCCCUGCCGACCAAUCUCGGCCGCGUCACGCCGUUGCAGUGGCUCGACGUGUCGUCGAACUCGCUCUCCGGGGAGAUCCCGGCCAGCCUGUGCGACGGCCACAACCUCACCAAGCUCAUCCUCUUCAACAAUGCCUUUUCCGGGCCGAUACCGGUCGGCCUCUCGACGUGCAAGUCGCUGGUUCGCGUGAGGGUGCAGAACAACAGGCUCAACGGCACGAUGCCGGGCGGGCUGGGGAAGCUGCCAAAGCUGCAGAGGUUGGAAUUGGCGAGCAACGAUCUCGAGGGCGAGAUUCCGAGCGACCUCGCCUCGUCGACGUCGCUCUCCUUCGUUGACCUCUCGCACAAUCACCUCCGGUCGUCUCUCCCCUCCACCAUCUUCUCCAUCCCCACCUUGCAGAGCUUCAUGGCGUCCGACAACCUGCUCACCAGCGACAUCCCUGACCAGUUCCAGGACUGCCCGACACUGGCCGCACUCGACUUGUCGAACAACCGCCUCACCGGCGGCAUCCCGGCGAGCCUCGCCUCGUGCCAGAGGCUCGUCAGCCUGGACCUGCAUGGCAACCGGUUGACUGGGGAGAUCCCGGUGGCGGUCGCGAUGAUGCCGGCGCUCGCCAUCCUCGAUCUGUCCAACAAUCUCCUCACGGGCUCCAUCCCGGCGAACGUCGGGAACUCGCCGGCGCUGGAGACAUUGAAUCUGUCCUACAACAAUCUCUCGGGCCCUGUGCCGGCGAACGGGAUACUGAGGACGAUAAAUCCCGACGAUCUCGCCGGCAAUUCGGGCCUCUGCGGGGGAGUACUACCGCCAUGUGGCUCAGGGGCCGGCCGGUCGUGGCUCCGGAGAGGAAAGAAUCCUCACCUGAAGCACAUUGUUGCCGGGUGGAUGACGGGGAUCUCGGCGAUCCUCGCCUUCUGCAUCCUUCUCUUGGGAGCUCAUCAUCUCUACAGGAAGUGGUACGUCAGCGGCGGCGGCUGCUGCUGCGAGGAGCCCUUGGACGAGGAGAGCGGCGCGUGGCCAUGGAGGCUUACCGCGUUCCAGCGGCUCAGCUUCACGAGCAACGACAUACUCGCUUGCGUGAAGGAGGCCAACGUGAUCGGGAUGGGCGCCACCGGGAUCGUCUACAAGGUCGAACUGCCAAGGCCGCGCGUGGUGGUGGCAGUCAAGAAGCUGUGGCGGGCCAGGUCGCCCGACAUCGUCCCCGAGGCCGGGAACUCGAACCCGGGGGCCGACAUCGCCGGAGAAGUGAGCGUGGUGGGGAAACUGAGGCACCGCAACAUCGUGCGCAUUCUCGGCUACAUGCACAACGACACCGACGCCAUGAUCCUGUACGAGUACAUGCCCAACGGAAGCCUGUGGGAGGCGCUGCACGGGCCGCAGGCCAGCCGGCUACUGCCGGACUGGGUGUCGCGCUACAACGUGGCCGCCGGCAUCGCCCAGGGCCUCGCCUACCUCCACCACGACUGCCACCCUCCCGUAAUUCACCGCGACAUCAAGUCCAACAACAUAUUACUGGACGGCAACCUCGAGGCGCGGAUCGCCGACUUCGGGCUCGCCAGGAUGAUGGUGAGGAAGAACGAGACGGUGUCGAUGGUCGCCGGAUCCUACGGCUACAUCGCUCCCGAGUACGGCUACACGCUGAAGGUGGACGAGAAGAGCGACAUCUACAGCUUCGGGGUGGUUCUGAUGGAGCUGGUCACCGGGAGGAGGCCGAUCGAGCGGGAGUUCGGGGAGUGCCAAGACGUGGUCGGAUGGGUCCGUGGCAGGCUGAGGAGCGACCGGGGGUUGGAAGCGGUGCUCGACGCCGGGGUGGGAGGGCACUGCAAACAUGUGCAGGAGGAGAUGGUGUUGGUGCUGCGGAUCGCGGUGCUGUGCACAGCGAAGCUUCCGAAGGAGCGGCCGUCGAUGAGGGACGUGCUCACCAUGCUCGGGGAGGCGAAGCCCAGGAGGAAGAGCAGUAGCUUCGGAGCGGAGAGCAACGCGGUGGACAAGGAUAAGCCUGUGUUCAGUACUUCGCCGGAGUCGGGCUACCUUUAGGC